AUGGUCACUCAUGAAGCGCUCAACGUCAACGUCGACCAGUCCACCUACGUCAGUCAGGCAGAAGAUGGCUCCCGGUGUGACCAGCCGAAGCAGCGUGACGACAACCUCGUCCGAUUUGGCAUAAAGACGCGUAUCAUCGACGACCGACCCGAUCGAACCUCGACCGGACGUGCCGAUGGAAUCCAACCAAAGUCGAUCGAAACGCUGCGCCAGAUGCGUCUUGCCGAGCCAUUGCUACGAAAGGGCGUCAAGAUCUACGACAUUGCUUUCUGGAAGUCGACGGCCGAGCAGUCGUUGCACCGCACUGGUCGUGAGGUCCACUACCCCCCAGUGGUUGACCUGCUCGACCCCUACAUCCUAUUAGUACACCAGGGAAUGGUGGAAAGCGUAUUUGAAGAUGACUUGAGGGAACGCGGUGUUGUCGUUCUAAGGAACACGGCCUUUGUUGACUUUGAGUACACGCCAAUGUCCAUCCGUCCCCUCACCGUCAACUGUCAACAAAACGUCAAUCACGUGAAGAAGACCUUCUCCGCGCGAUACAUAGUGGGCUGUGAUGGUGCGCAUUCCAAAGUGCGCAAGUGCAUACCGGGAGCGACGCCUGUGGGCUCUUCGACCGAUGCCAUCUGGGGCGUAUUGGAUGGCGUGCUUGACACCGACUUCCCUGACAUCUGGAGCAAAGUGGUCGUCCAGCACGACACACUCGGAUCAGUCCUCAUGAUCCCCCGUGAGAGAGGCCUUACCCGGCUAUACAUCGAGCUACGGCCAGACUCGACCGAGGUGGCUGGUGCAAAGGAAACCACACAAGAGUUCGUGCAAAAGCGAGCGCAGACGAUAUUACACCCCUAUCGCUUGGAGUGGAGGAAUGUAGAGUGGUUCAGCCGCUACAGGAUCGGACAACGGGUAGCAGCGCGCUUCACUGACGACCAACAACGGGUCUUCAUCGCCGGCGACGCGAGCCACACUCACUCGCCCAAGGCAGCGCAAGGAAUGAACACAUCGAUGCACGACGCAUGGAAUCUUGCCUGGAAGCUCAACUUCGCUACGCGCGGUCUUGCGAAGCCUGCACUGCUCGAAUCCUACGAACAGGAGCGACAGAAGAUUGCCAAGGAUCUCAUCGACUUCGACUACGAGCACGCUAAUGCUUUCCACGCCGGUGACCCAGCAGCGUUAGCUGCAAAUUUCGCUAAGAACGUCGCCUUCAUCUCCGGCUAUGGCGUCAACUACGAUCCCAAUACCCUCAACGUGCUUGCAAAGGGCUACAACCGGGGUCACUUGAAGCCAGGCUUCUUAUUACCGCCUGCAAAGGUCACCCGCUUCAUCGAUGCCAACCCGGUAGACAUCCAGACGGAUAUCCCAGCCCUGGGCCAAUUUCGUAUCUACUUCUUCACUCACAACAUCCGAAAUUCCAUGCCUUUCCUGGAAACUGUGUGUCAUGCACAUUCGGGGAACAGCUCAUAUGUUGGCCGAGUAACCGCUGCUGGCAACGCCUCAUACACUGUUCAGCCUCCCCUGGCAGCACCACACGAUCAAUUUGUCAUUCCCGAACGAUACACUCCAGUUAGCGGCGUCUUCACAUACGCCCUAGUCACCGAUGAGGACCGCAACAACUUUGAGAUUAAGGAUCUGCCUCCGGUGCUCCGCGAGUCAUCUUUUACGUUGUAUCUCGACGACGUCCCGGAAAAGGAUACCCGUAAGCAGACAUGUAUGCAGAAGUGGCUGGACGGGCUUGAUGAAAAUGAGGUUGUGGUUGUUAAUGCCCGGCCAGACGGUUACGUGGGCACUGUCAAGCGAUUUGCAGAUGGAAGUAGAGACAAUGGUACUAGGGCUGUGCUCUGGAUGGACCAGUACUAUGAGCAGUUCAUGCGGGAUAUAUAGAGCAUGCUCAUUGUUAGAUUUAGUUCGCAUUGCUUAGAAAUUGAAGAAUAAAGAUACAGCUUAAACA